GUUGACACUGACAUUGAUUGUCCUUCUAUAAAAUGAAUAAAAACGUAAAGAAAUACAUGGACUAUUUCGGUAUAACCGAAUUACUCAGAUUCUUCCAAACAGUGAAGGAGCAUGGUGGAAUCAUCGCGUCCCUAUAUAAAAUAUACCGAAUGGACAGCCUGAGGCACGGCCAGUGUGUGGGCGAGGACAAGUUCGGAAACAAAUACUUCGAGAACAGAGAGUAUUUCAUCGGCCGAAGUAGAUGGGUUGAAUACGCCCCAUACUACGUUUUAGAAUACGAUGGUAGUCAAAUACCAGCUGAAUGGUUUGGAUGGUUGCAUUACAAAACUGACCUUUUACCAUAUUGUGACCCAUCUAGGCCAAACUACAAGUGGAUGCUCGAGCACGAGGAGAAUAUGAGCGGAACGACAGGGCAAUUUAUGCCUUACAGUACCACAAGACCGAAGAUUCACGUAUGGGUUCCGCCAAAAAAUUCAGAUAAUAAAAAUAAUAAAAACUGUUAAUUACUUUGGAUAAAAAAAAUCCAAAAUUAUCAAAAUAUUAUCUUGGAUAUUAAAUAUUGUAUUU